AGAUUCGUAAGACUGCUGAUCUCAAAAAUAUACAAAGCUUGAUUUCCAUUGGUGAACUCAGAUGGAGCCAACCCUACUAGCGGUGGUUGAGAAAGCUGCGUUUAACAAAUGCUAACUGUUUUUCGCGAUUCAAAGAAGCAGCACCUAACGGUCAUACGAAGUUUGGUUGUUGAAGGAUGACAAAGCCCAAACACACACAUACACGAGUCGAUCAAAAUUUCCCCAAAAACUAGUAUUACAUCGAUCUGUUCUUCUAUCUCUCUACACCUUCUAUUCAACUCUUUCUUUCCUCCUCUCAUUUCGUCUCUUUCUUUUUUCCUUUUGUUUUAUCUAAUAAUGCACUCUUUGGAUGCUCUCUCAUAUGCGACCCGCUCCAUCACUAUUACCUCUGUUUUGCUCAUAUGGGAAGACCCAAAAUCCUCACCAUUUUCAACGGAAGUAACCACGAAGAUGGAGACAGAAUUCCCUUAUCUAAUACUGUUCGUGAAAAUCUUGUCAACAAACCUGAUACCCAUCAAGAUCGGUUCUGUCGUUCUGUCUUUAACUAUCUUGGCAGCCUCUUCUCUAACAAGAAAAUUGAUGGUGGGUCACGGACUGAUGAGGAAGAGAAGGUAAUUUCUUGGUUAUACUCCUUGGCCAAAUCGGGCAAAGAUUUGGUCUUCGAGUAUGUUCGAUCCACUGAAAGGGGUUUGAGCUUCACUGAAGCUGAGAGGAGACUGAAGGAAAAUGGCCCAAAUGUUCCUCUUGAACAUGCUUUUCCAAGCUGGUGGCAUCUACUGUGGAAUGCCUUUUUCCAUCCAUUCAAUAUCAUUCUAAUUGUGUUGUCAGCUAUCUCAUUCAUUACCAGUGACAAUCCAAAUGGAUGUAUCAUGCUUGCAUUGGUUUUUAUUAGUGUUUCCCUCCGGUUUUACAAGGAAUACAGCAGUUCAAAAGCUGCCAUGAAACUUUCAGAAUUUGUAAGAUGCCCGAUUAAAGUUCAAAGAUGUGCAGGUCGAGUUGUUCAAACUGAGUUGGUAGUUCAGGUUGAUCAACGAGAUAUUGUUCCCGGAGACAUUGUCAUUUUUGAACCCGGGGAUCUUUUCCCAGGUGAUGUGAGACUUCUAUCUUCAAAACACCUUGUCGUAAGCCAGUCCUCAUUAACAGGGGAGUCUGGGAUAACUGAGAAAACAGCUGAUGUUAACGAAGAUCAAAGCACUCCCUUGCUAGAGUUAAAGAAUAUAUGCUUCAUGGGAACAAAUGUGGUAUCUGGAAGUGGAACUGGUCUCGUUAUUUCCACUGGACCCAAAACUUACACGAGCACCAUUUUCUCAAAUGUCGGCAAACAUAAACCACCAGAUGACUUUGAGGAAGGCAUCCGACAUAUAUCUUAUGUGCUUGUUGGCGUUAUGCUUGUAAUAGUCACUAUCAUAAUCUUGAUAGAUUACUUCACUUCUCAUAUUUGGAGUGAGAGCAUUCUCUUUGGAGUUUCUGUUGCAUGUGCACUCACUCCUCAGAUGCUUCCCGUUAUCGUUAACGCUAGUCUUGCAAAAGGAGCACUUGCAAUGGCCAGGGAGAGAUGCAUAGUCAAAAGUUUAACUGCCAUACGAGACAUGGGAUCUAUGGAUAUCCUAUGCAUAGACAAGACUGGUACACUGACCAUGAACCGUGCAAUCGUGAUCGAUCAUAUUGACGGCUGGGGUUCAUCGAAAGAAAAGGUCUUACAGUUUGUCUUCCUUAAUUCUUACUUCAAGACUGAACAGAAGUAUCCUCUAGAUGAUGCAAUAUUGGCAUUUGUAUACACAAACGGAUACAGGUUCAAGCCAUCUAAAUGGAGAAAGAAAGACGAGAUCCCUUUUGAUUUUAUAAGACGAAGGGUUUCUGUUAUCUUGGAGACCGUCUCAACUGUAGAAAGAAGCAGCCCAUUCCUGGAUACACUCGUCGUUACCAAGGGAGCAUUGGAGGAAGUAAUGAAAGUUUGUUCUUUUAUUGAGCACAUUGAUACUGGUGCAGUUACUACUUUCUCUUCUGAAGACUAUCACAGGAUUCGAAAUAUGGAAGAAGAAUUAAGCAAUGAUGGCCUAAGGAUUAUCGGGGUUGCAGUAAAGAGGCUAAGAAUGAGGAGAAAUGAUCUAAGCAUAGUCAAUGUUGAAACUGCUGAAUCAGACAUGGUAUUCCUAGGUGUAAUUACAUUCUUUGACCCACCCAAGGACUCGGCAAAGCAAGCUCUGUGGAGGCUAGCAGACAAGGGAGUAAAAGCAAAAGUAUUGACAGGUGACUCACUCGCGCUUGCAAUAAGGAUCUGCAAAGAAGUUGGAAUUAGAACCAGUAAUGUAACUACAGGACCUGAGCUUGAACUACUUGAUGAGCAGUCGUUCCACGAGACCAUCAAAAGAGUGACAGUACUUGCUCGGCUCACUCCAACUCAGAAACUCCGCGUGGUGCAGUCCUUGCAGACAACUGGUAACAAUGUAGUUGGGUUCUUGGGAGAUGGAAUAAACGACGCACCUGCACUAGAUGCUGCAAAUGUAGCUAUCUCUGUAGAUUCAGGAGUGUCAGUUGCCAAAGACUUUGCUGAUAUUAUUUUACUGGAGAAAGAUCUUAAUGUCCUCAUUGCUGGAGUUGAGCAGGGUCGUCUCACCUUCGGUAACACUAUGAAAUACAUCAAAAUGUCAGUUAUUGCCAACAUAGGAAGUGUUCUUUCACUUUUCAUAGCAUAUCUGUUCCUGGAUUUUGAGCCAUUGACUCCAGGGCAGCUGCUUACACAGAACUUCUUAUACAGUGUGGGUCAGAUUGCAAUCCCCUGGGACGGAAUGGAUGAAGAUGAUACUAAAACUCCCCAGAGAUGGUCUGAGAAAGGCUUGCCUAUGUUCAUACUAUGGAAUGGUCCUGUAUGUACUCUCUGCGACAUUGCCGCCUUAUUGUUCCUUAUGCUCUAUUACAAGUCUCAUGAUAAAGAAUUGGACGCCAGGUAUGAAUUCUUCCAUUCUGCUUGGUUCGUCGAGGGGCUUCUCAUGCAGACCUUAAUAAUCCACUUGAUCCGUACAGAAAAGAUACCAUUCAUCCAGGACGUCGCCUCCUGGCCUGUAAUUUGUUCCACGGUUGUGAUUUCUGCCAUUGGCAUCUCAAUUCCAUUCACAAUAAUUGGAGAAGUUAUGGGAUUUGUUGGGUUGCCAAUUUCGUAUUUUGGGUUUCUGGUUGUGCUUUUCCUGGGAUAUUUUUCGGCUGGUCAAGUCGUCAAGAGGAUAUACAUUCUGAUAUACAAGAAAUGGCUUUAGAAAACAGAAUCAACACUCAUAUGAGAACUUGCUCACUCUGUAAAUUAUUGAAGAUACAGGAUCAUCCACAUUUUUUCAAUGGAUAAUACGUUCUGGAGAGUUUAUUACAAA